CCGGAGCUGCUCGGCUCUCAGGAGCUGUGAGAAUGAGGAAGUUUCAGCUGGUAGGAAAACCGUUUCUGCUCCUUGAGAGUGUAGAAACUUGGAAGUGUCUAGAAAUCUAACCUAAAAGAAAGAACCAGUCGAAAAAUCCUUUUUCUGUUGUUCUUUAUAUAGGUCUUACACGCAUCAUGUGAUUGUCUUCAGUAGUCUGAAUCACAGCUGAUUUAACAUUUGGCACCGACAGUAGGAGGCCGAGGGCCGAAAGCAAGGGAUGACUUUCCCGACGAGGCACACCGUUUAGGAACCACACCGGGGUUCCCCCCAGUUAUUUCUCCGCGGCGCUCAGGCAGAGGCCGCCCGGCUUCCCAGGAGAGGCGGCGAGCCGCACGGAGCAUGGUCGGGGAGCCCUGAGCCUCCCUCCAAGUGUCACUCCCCCACAGAGGCUCUCCCGCCGCGCCGAGCCCUGCGUGCUCUUCCACUUCCUGCUGCAGAGCCAGUUCUGCCGCUCACCUGGGAGAGGCAGGCAGGCCAGCAGGGAGGGUGUCGUAAAAGGAGGGAAAGCCGCCCGCCCGGCUGAGGAAGGAGCCCCGGGCGCGGCGGGGAGCGCGGGAGGCGCGCAGUCCUCUCGCUCUCCCGGGGCAGCCCAGCGCGAAGCUCCCUCGCCCGCAAGUUUGCUGAGAAAUCCUGGCCUUGCAGUAAGGCAGCUGACUCACUUCCGGUUCAACAAAAAACUUUGGAAAUGGCCUCUGUGUCAGGCACUUUUGUGGGUCGAAGCAUACCAGUCGAAGUGGAUGAAUCCCUGCCAUUGUCCCAGUUACCUGAACAUGUCUUGGAAAAGGCUUUGCAGCCUUCUGGAGAGGAUAUGGAGGAUGAGGAGGCCCAGAGCUCACGUGUUGCUCGAGCACCUCAGGGCAAUCUCUCUAGCCUUUGCAGAGCACCAGCACAUCAUCAUUCAGCACUGUCCGUGGAGCCAGACAGCAGCUUGUGGUCAAAAUAUACUGAUCCUGAUGGAGGUGGACACUCCUGUUCCCCUGGUGAAUCAAUAUCAGGAGUAUUUCCCUCAAAGACACAUUCUAUAGCUAUGGACAAGCCAGGCAUGCAGCCAAGAUCGCAGCUUUCAGCUGACACCAGGCACAAGUCCAGUAAACCAGAGCAGAUCUUGUCUGAUGUUCCUGAGGACUCACUGGAGGAGAGCAGCCAAGGGAGUUCACAGCCACAGCAACCCUCAGGAAACAGACUCCUGGCAGAGCUGGGGACUGUAGAUACCGGGUACAACUCCCAGUCCCAAGACGUCAUGGGCAUCAGGCACCUGGAGCCCCCGUUACCGCUGGUGUCUGUGCUGAACCCCCAGGACCUCCCAGGACCACUGAUCUCCAGGGAGUUUUUGGGCCCUGAGCACCAGCAGUGCCCUGUGUGCCACCACUUGCCCCAUCCCAACACGCCCUCGCAGGCCCUCGGCUGCCCCAGGCACGGCUGCCCGGCACAGCAGCCCCCGCCAGGCCCAUAUGGCAGAGCUCCUUACCAACAUUUUGCUGAGCCAUCGCAACCACUUCCUCCUGUUCCUGGACCUUGCAUGCGAGUUAUCCGCCCGGCCCAGCAAGUCAUCCCCAAUUACUCAAACCUCCGUGCUCCCAAAGGCACUGGAGAGCGACCACCCCAGAGGACGUGCUCCUCCCCUGGUCCUCCUCCAUUCCCAAACCAGCUAUACAACCAGCCACCCAACGGUCAGCUGCCCCCCAAGGCCUGUGGACCAGAUGAAGCAUGUGGUUGUCCUUCUGACAAUUUUCCAUCUCCAGCUGCUGUCCCAAGACCUCUCAGCAACCCUGCAGCCAGGGGAACUCUGAGAACCAGCAAUCUGCCGGAGGAGUUGCGCAAGGUUUUUAUAACCUACUCGGUGGAUACGGCAGUGGAGGUUAUGAAAUUUGUGAACUUCCUGUCUGUAAAUGGAUUUCAAACUGCUAUUGAUAUCUUUGAGGACACGGUACGAGGUAUUGACAUCAUUAAGUGGAUGGAGCGCUACCUAGGUGAUAAGACCGUGAUGAUAAUCAUAGCAAUCAGUCCAAAAUACAAACAGGAUGUGGAAGGGGCUGAAUCCCAGCUGGACAGGGAUGAACACGGCUUACAUACUAAAUACAUCCACAGGAUGAUGCAGAUUGAAUUUAUACAGCAAGGAAGUAUGAACUUCAGAUUCAUCCCUGUGCUUUUCCCAAAUGCCAAAAAGGAGCACGUGCCUACCUGGCUGCAGAACACUCACAUUUAUAGCUGGCCAAAGAAUAAGAAGAACAUCCUGUUGCGGCUGCUGCGGGAGGAGGAAUACGUUGCCCCUCCAAUAGGACCUUUACCAACACUCCAGGUUGUGCCGCUAUGAACAUUUUAACUUCAAGCACACCACGAGUGGUUGUUAAAGGCUUGUUCCUGGCAGGGAGCCAACACUCUUGCAGAUGGCUCUUUUUGAUGACAGAAGACACUCUUUCUGCUAAAGGAAUUGGUUGUCUUGGGUUACUCAGGCUCAGCUUGUUCUCUACCAUGUUAAACAUAUAUUUCCAAAGCUGAUGGGGCAGAACUCUCUUCUCUAGAUUUUUUAAUAAGCUACAAAUGGAAAGAAUGUUUUAUUUUAACAUCUGGUUUUAACAUAUUCCUUUUAUUAGUCAUUAUAGCAAACAAAUACCAGAAAUAAUGUUGCAAUAAGUGUAAAAUAAAAAUUACAUCCUCCUUUUUGCUCAGGGUUUCUUUAAAGAUAUUCCUGCUCUGUAUAGCAAUAUUGAACCAUCAAUUUGUAUAUACACUAUUAAAUAUAUUUGCUUUUUGUAAGGCAAUCUUAUAUACCAUGUCCACUUCUAUUAUUGCUGGGGACAAUGGAGAAAUGGGUUGGGUAAGGCAGAUUUUCCUCAGCCUGUCUUGCAUAAAGACAGGCUCUUGUCAUCUUCAAUUAGAGGACUUUGAGAUCUGGAAUCUCUAGAGUUCCCUGUCCUUACAGCUUGGUCCCUCACACCUCCAGCCUGCUGCAGCAAUAGUUCCCACAAGGAGAGCUGAAUGCAUGCCCAUGUGUGCUGCCAGUGCCAUGGAACACUGCAGUGUUUUUUAUGGCAGGCCUUCAGCCUCACUAUUGCUCUUCAGCCCUUAUUUAAAACAGAGCAUGUCAAAGGACAAUUGGCAUUUGGGAAGCCAGCAAUUGUUAAGAGAAAGAACACUGACUCUCACAACUUGCAGCAUGCAGUAUGGAACAAUAAAAUAAUCAAAGAUGGAGGGCCACAGGGUGCUGGCCACCAGGAUGGCUCAACAACAUCACGUCUGCUAAAAUUAAAUAUAUUUUAACAGACCACAAAAGCACAACUUUGGUGAGGGUUUUUUGUUUUUUAACAGCCUUGAUCUUACUGAGGUAACAGUGGACCCUGUUGGCUUAAAAUUCUGCAGCCCUUAUUCUUUAGAGCAGUCGUACCAGUCCUCCCCAGCUUUCAUAUUUGUCAUGGAAUGAUCCAAACACAGCUUUAUAAAAAAGUACGUGUUUGGUAGCCUAAAAAGAAAAUUAGCCCAGAAGUUGAUACUCCUAGUACAGUAUCCAAAUUAUUUAAUUAGCUUUCCGUGGAGGUGGUGCCAGCAUGGUGUGUUGAUGCAGCACAUGCUUUCUGGUGCUUAUGGAGAAAAAAAUUAAGAUUUUCCUUCAGCAGACUUGUGCAAAAAUAAUUGCAGCCAUUUAAGAGAAGGAUGUAUUCAGUGUUGUCAACUCCAAUGAUUUUUAUUGUGGUAUUUUCUGUGCCUCUUGCCACUCCGGUUUCAAAAGGGAAGCUAAAGAGCUGAAACAGGCUAAUACCUGAUGUGCCAGCAGCUUCCUGAGAAGGCACAAUAAAACUGUGUUAGGCAGUGGCACUUCUUGGCACCUACUUACAUGUGGGGAAGGGAGGUCUGUUUUUCAUGUGAUAAAUUUUCUAUUAAGAAAAUAAUUUUCUAAUAUGUGGUGACAGCCUAAAAUCAUGACAGAAAUUUAUCUUAAAUGGUCACCAAAGUAAACACAGGAGUGGGAUGUGGGUCAACAUUUGGGGUCACCUGGAGUGCACUACAACAUUGAGCUCAGCCUCCAGGUUCAGUGAGUCUUCUGAAAUGCUGGGGCAUUAUCUGCCACCUCAGUAUGGCUGCCUCUGCUAUCUGAAGUGUUCUAGCACUAUGAAUUAGUCUGUCUCAACUGGCUUCUGAGCCUCUUAGCCAACUUCUGCCACAUUUAAUAGGGAGGGCUCAAAGAUAGUAAGUGCCUGUGAGUUUCAUGGAAAGACUUACCCAAGCAAAGAGCGAGCCCCAGACCCACAUGCUGAGGAGGGAGAGGUUCUGGUCUCCUCCCAGAGGCGGAUAGCUGGCCACCCUGGCCCUGGCAGGGGGCUGGGAGGCCUCCUGGGCUACACAGCCUGCACAAGUCUGCAGGAGAGAAGCAUGUGGGGAAUGAGGCUGGGUCAGUUUAGCUGCUCGCAAAGCAGCGUAUUAGGUAGUGCAGUUAAGCAUUCAAAAUGAUUAGUGAGGCUGGGUAGUGAAUUCCUUUCAUAAUUUUGGCUGUCAUCUGAAAAUAUCUGCUCUAGAUUUAUCACAGAUUUGCUUGGUUUGGGCCAGGGAAUUUCAUUAAGCAAUUCCUGCAUCAUGUGAUGCACAAGGUUGCAUUAAACGGUCCGGUGACUAUUUCUAUUCUUCUGUUUGAACGAUCCUUUUCUGCAAAACAAUACUAGCAGAGUGAGGAAGAAAAAGAAAAACUAAGCUUUGCUGUUUGGGAAGUACAAAGAGCCCAAUCUAUUUAACUCCUGUGGCCUUUUUUUUUUUUUUUUAAUAGAAUAACAAUUCCCAGGAUUCAUUGAUCUUUACAUUAGUUAGAGCAUCCUACAAGGACAGAAACCAUGAUGGGGAGAGUGUGAGUAAUGAGCUAGCAGCCUAGUGAAUCAUUUCCCCUAAAGCUUUGUAUUUGUAGAGAGACAGAUGGUGGGAGCUGUGAAGAGGGAGAGGCAGGAGAGGUUUUUGCAAACAGCAGAAGUAUAGAGGAUGGUGAGGAAAGGAAAAAAGAAAUAAUCAGCAGGUAAGGAAGAAGAAGAGGCUGAGAAUACACCAGCUGUUUCAAAACUAAUGCAUUAAUGUUAGAAUGGAUUAGGUUUCAGGGAAAAUACAAAAAGGAAAUUGCAGAAAACAAGUGCUUUGUGGCUGAGAGGGAAAAUUUACUAAGAGCAGCCCUAAAUAUAUAUUUGUAGAUGAACUCUUGAGUCAGUUAUUAAGUGCAAAUAACAGAAGCAGCUGAAAGGAUGCAAGGCUCCAUCCUGCAGGCUAGCAGUGCUGCUGCCCAGCUGGAGCUGCCAAGCUGCAGGUGCCCACAGAGGCAAAAGGCAUCACUUGGAUGGUGACAGCACCAGGGGUUUCUCUCACAGCACCUGUAAAUUUGCAAGGGGUGUUUGGGAAAGGAAAUCCAUUGUCCCUAACAUGGAAAGUAAGAAAAGCAAAAGAAUUACAUACUUAACACUGGGAUGAGUGCAACAUUAAUAAAGAAAUAGAGGAUUUAGAGACAACCUGCUUUGGAGUCUUGCCAAAAUUCAGAUGACAUUAAUGCAUGUAAAGGUUUUGUUGUGCAAGUCACCUGUGUGACAAAAAUAGGGUUGCAAAAUUUUAUCCCACAGUUAAGUUAGACCUCUCCAGAGAAGGUGAUUCGAGUACUAAGUUAAUUUAAUAAAGCCUUGUACACAGGACAAGAAAUGCUGCCCUAGGAGCUCAUUUGCUCCUGGUAGGGUCUUAAAUGGCAUCAUUUGCUGCCAUUGAAGGAAAUAAAUCAGCGGACUUCCCUGCAGCCUCUCUGGGGUCACCAGCAAGGCAGGUAAUGAAACUGGCUCAUCAAAACAGCUCCACCAAAGGGUGCCUUGCUGAGAGCCUUUCCCUCAUCUCCAGCCACUGACCAGGCUGCAGGUAGCAGAGACAUGGGCAUCUCAAUAACAGCAUCAGUCUAGGCAGCAAACUUGGGCAGUGUGGUCAGGAAGCUCCUCGCUGAGAUAAGAAAAGGAGCAAUUCCCACCAUUUAGGAUGCUCUGGGCUGUCAGAUGGAGGCACUGGUAAAGCUGACAGACACCUCUUGUCUUAAAAGGGAAGGGGAUGUGGGAGGGAGGAAUUGGGAGCUCUGUGGCCUUGCAGUGCCAGAGGUCUGCUGUGGCAAUGAAGUGAAACAUUUCUCAGAGGGUUCCCUCCUUCAGUGCAUAACAGGCACACCUUAUCUUCCAAAGCAAACAUCUCCCCUGUUACACUUUGGCUCUAAUUUAACAGGUUCCUCCAUGCCCACAUCUGAUAAUGUUUCACCUGUGUUUGGGAAACAGAUCCUGCCUGGAAGGUCACAGCUUUUGUGAGCCUCCUCCUCCACCACCUUUUAUCAUGAUGUUGCUGCAAGGAAGCACUGCCACAGCAUCCAGUUUGCAGUACUGAUGGGCUGGCACUGCUGCUUCUCCCCAGAGCCCCCAGCAUGGGUCUUCUGCAGAAGUGCCAGGCUGGCACACAGCACAUCAGUGUCACUACACAGCUCCAGUGUGUCACUUCUCCUCGACCAAUGGAUGCUCACACAGUCCCCUCAGCCAGCAUGCACCACACUGGCACGUGAACACCUCACAAAAGUCACUUGCAAAACCCUCUCUGAAACAUCAGUCACACCUCUCCCACCUGCAUAUUACAACCAGUGCAAGAAGAUAAAUGCCUGUAUUUAUGUGGUAUUUGCAUUACAAGUUAUUGCUCACAGCAAGAGAUGUUCUCUGGGCUGCAGGGAAGGACAUCUGAGCAAGAAGAGGCUCCACUGCCAUGGCAGAGGAGUGCUGGAUGCUGCUGCCCACAGAGGCAAAGCCAAACCAGGCCCUGAGAUGCCAGAGUACAGAAGAAGGCAGCAGAGAAUCAGCCUGUCCAAUCCCCCUCCAAACGAGGCCAAGAAUAAGAUGGAAUUGCUUAGCCCCACUCCAGCCUCCAUGGGCUCAGAGCCCAGCCUCAGCCUGAUCAUGGAACAGUGCACAGACCACCAGCUGUGUGUCCCUGUCUGUGGCCAAGAUCACUUGUAAACAAACACAAACCCAUCUCAAGCUAAGUUGCCCAGCCUAACCAGAUCUGCCAGCUGGGCUGCAUUUCAAGGGCUCGCUGAUGUGGAGGGGACCAAACAAAUACAAACACACAUACUCCCUGCAUCGUGGCUCUGAGCACUGCAUGCCACUGCACAGGUCCAUGCAAACAGGAAAAACGUCACCAGCAGCAAAGACAGGGUUUUUAAAAACAUUUGUUCUUUAUUGAAAAGUAUCAGGGACUUCUCCAGUUUCCAGAGUGAGGGGAAAGCGCCUGCUUGCCCAUCUAACCCUGGGGUAAGGAGAAUUUCACAGCAACCUCUGCAGACACCAAGUCCUUGGGGCUAAUGGACAGAUCCAGGGAAUCUCAGGUGAAACUUGGAUGAACCCAGUGGAUUUAAAUCCCUCCAGGACUGGCUGUUGUGGAAGGGGGACCUGCCAAGGAGUAGGACAUUUCCCAGGACCUAUUUUGAUGACUGGGCAGAUGAAGCCCUCUCUGUCUGACCUGUACCACUCUUCUAAGAAUGGGAAAAUGCACACUGUUGGAAAGCUCCAGAGAACCUCAAAAGUGUGGAUUUUCUGGGGUGCAGAAGAAGGUACUGUAACAGCAGACACUGGACAAACACCCCACCACCCAAAAAACUACUAAAAUAGUUAAUAACUAAAAUUGAUUUUUAAAAAAUCAUUACAAGCAUCUGCAGUGAGCUCAUUCUGUCUGUACUCCAUUCUUUGGAUUUUCCACUUUUUUCCUAAGGAAUUACAUUCUGGAAAUACUAUCUUGGAGGCCUUCUUCAAAGAUACUUUCCUUUACUUGGGCUGACAGUCCUUACAGCAUGUCUGUUCUGGUUUUCAUCAGCUACACCCAGUGAAAAUCUGGUGAAUGUGAUGCAUUGUGACUGCCACGUUCAGCACUGCACUGCUCCUGUGCCAACCUUGGGAUUUCCAGCAAGGUGGAAGGUGCUGAAGGUGCUGCAGUCCACUGUUAAAAACCCUGCAGUCUUCAAAGGCAGAAAUUCAGUGAGAAAGACUUCUAAACAGGUAACACUACUGGGGAUUGAGCUGAACAUCCCAGAAGCAGCGAGUGCAUUAAAGAAUCUUUCACUCCAAGGCUGGGAGAGGGAACUGAGCCCAGCUUGGCACUGACCAAGCCCAGUCCAUCAGUAUCUGGUAGCAUCAGUGGGUGCUGUGUGCAUCUCACUCAUGUGCAAAUGCACACAGCCAGAUGCUCCCACCACAGCCCUCCUCCCAGAACUUCCCCCCACACAGACUCUACAGAGACAUUGAAAUCCAUCCUCAGCACUGAUAAGGCACUAGUGGUUCCCAAAUGCCAAACCAACAGUAUACAGAGGACAACUGACCACCCCUCUUCACAGCAGACUAAAAAUAUCCCUACCAGCAAUGAUUCCAGAUGCUCAGGACUGGCUUUCCCCACAUACAGGGCAGAGAAUUGUUCAGAAAACAGAUUUUUUUUUUUUUUUAUUCUUCACUUUAUCACUGCACUGCUGCAGACAGCAGAAAGUUACCCACUCACUCUCCUGCAGCCUCCUUAGCUAAGAAGCUGAGAUAAUAGCAAAGUGGCCAUUUAGGCAAGGUUGUUGAAGACUUACUGAUGAAAGAAGCAUGUACAUACAAAAAUUACUGAUUUUUAUGGGUCCAUUCUCCUCACAGCCUUACAAGAGACAGUUUUUUCCUUGAAGCACCAGCUGUGCAGAAGCUGAAACAGCAGAAAGCCAGCAGUAAGACUAUCCCAAAAGAGAGAUGAAGGGGAGCUCUUAAAAUAGGCACAAUAGCACCUGAGAAGACAGACAGAGUACAAUAAAGAAGUGAGAAAGAAGAAGGGAACUAUACUGUCAUAAAAUUGAAUGCAGUAGCAAAAUUAAUCAGCUAGCAUAGACUCAUCUCUUUUGGUCUCUUUUUUUCUUUUUUUUUUUUAAUAGGUAGAAUAACUCAGCACUUACUAUUUUUAUAAAGAAGAGGAAAAAGAGAGAAAACCAGUAUCUUCCUCCAGGCUUUUGUGUCCCAUUUUAACUUAGU